GCACUCACUUUGCCUCUUAAUAUUAAUCCAUUGUUUCAGUUGAAAAAAAAAAAAUGCUCUCGAAUUACCAUUUUGCCACGGCAUUGAUUUUAUGGUUUGCUCUAUUGGGGCAGAACCCUGCCGUGGGGGCGCAGGUAGAGCAGCAGCCAUUGGUGCUCAAGUACCAUAACGGUGAACUCCUCAAGGGACGGAUCACCGUUAAUCUCUUAUGGUACGGCAAUUUCGCGUCAAUCCAACGCUCCAUAAUCGUUGACUUCAUUAACUCCCUCAGCUCCUCUCCGGGGGGCCCACUCCCCUCCGUGGCGUCCUGGUGGAAGACCACGGAGAAAUACAAGGGGGGAUCCUCUGCGCUCGUCGUAGGGAAGCAAAUCCUACAUCAAACCUAUUCCCUCAAGUACCUCAAGGGAACUCAUCUUCUCUCGCUAGCUUCCACUUUCAACGACCUCUCCGCAAUCAAUGUCAUUCUCACGGCCAAGGACGUUGCCGUUGACGGCUUUUGUAGUAGCCGGUGCGGGACCCACGGGUCUACACGGCCCGUCAACGCGACGGCCCGUACUGCUUACAUUUGGGUUGGAAACUCCGAGGCUCAGUGUCCUGGCCAAUGCGCUUGGCCCUUCCACCAGCCCAUUUACGGCCCACAGACGACGCCGUUAGUGUCGCCCAACGGUGACGUUGGGGUGGACGGGAUGAUUAUUAACUUGGCAACGCUUUUGGCUGGAACUGUGACGAAUCCAUUUAACAACGGGUAUUUCCAGGGUCCUGCAACGGCGCCGUUGGAGGCCGUUUCGGCCUGCACGGGGAUUUUCGGUAGCGGGGCAUACCCGGGUGAUCCGGGUCGGGUUCUGGUGGAUAGAACGACGGGGGCAAGCUAUAAUGCGCAGGGCGUGAAUGGGAGGAAGUACUUGUUGCCGGCAAUGUGGGACCCGCAAACCUCGACAUGCAAGACGCUGGUUUGAUAGAUACAGUGCAAUGGGUUGGGGGUCUCAGUCUCAGGUCAUUCAAUUCGAGUGUGUUCUUCUGCGAACCCUGCAAAGGAGCUUUUGGCGUUUAGCGUGACGUGUAAAUUCUGUUAUUAUAAACAAGAAUGUUUAAUAUAUGGGAAAAAAAGGUUAAAUAAAGGAAAAUAAAAAUUAUUUUUAUUUAUAUUAUGCAAUGUAAGCUUGUUUUUAUGAAUAUGAUAAAAUGUAGAAUUCUGUCCGGAAGUUUUUCGGACCUUUAUUUUGUGCUUUGAUUGAAGAAGCCAAACCCGUGAAACUAGAGAUAUAUUUAUACGUACAUUUGCAGUGUCACAAAAGAAUUAUUUAUCUUGUUAUUUUGUAAAUCAUAAUU